UUUCUCGUUCCAGUCAGUGCUCCACAACUGGUGCAACAAAUACCGUGUACCGACAAAUCAGAAAGUGGAAUAGACGGGACUGCGACUUGAUUUACUGUCUUGCAACCUCAUACGGAUUAUACCUCAGGCCUGCUUAGCUCAUAGAUCAACUGGAUGCGACUCCCAACAACAGUUAUGAAUUAAGCAUGUUUCAACUGGGGAAAACAAUACCUCUGCUCUUGUUAAUAGCCAGCAGGACGUCACCGAUACAGCUGGGCCAUGAGCUGACACAGUACACGUCAAAGUUGACGUGGAAUGACGCGGCAUGUGUGUGUCGCAUGACCGGCAGACACCUGAUGAUGAUGAAAACCAGUUCUGACCGAACCGUCAUCGAAUACCUCAUCAAUAAACCCCCGUGGAACACCUUAUUAUCAACCGAAUUGUGGCUAGGUCUAUAUGACGCUGGUCACGGACAACCCCCGGUGCUUUAUACGUGGCACGACGGCCACACGCUGGGGACGUUCGCCCCCUGGUACAUCUACUACUCCCCCAUUGAACCGAACAACCAACGACACGACUUCUGCGUGUUGGCGGACUACACUACACCCAGCACUCAGAAAACACCUCGCCUGUGGUGGAAGAGCAACAACUGUGCCGAGAUGCACUCGUUUGUGUGUGAACGGACAAUUGAUUGCUGGAUGGAAACCACUAAAGGCGCAACACUUGUAGUGUGGAACACGACGUCGACUACAACGAUAACAACACACAGGAAUGGUGUUACUGUUGCAAUGUGUGAGAACUUCUGUCUCAACGCCGAAAAGGAUGGGUAUCGCUGCUGGGCGGUCACCUUUGAAUCCGAAACAGGUUUUUGCCAAGCUUAUUUAUCGGAAAAUCGCUUUGCCGUCAAAGAAAAGAAUCACAGCAAAAAAUCUAGAAAGACUGGUUCACUGCUUAUGUUGCUGAAGUGCUUUGACGUUUCUUUAAACACGUCGUUAAUUAUUUUCGACGAUUUGUCAACUGUUCCAAAGCCAGACUGUGUAAAUGCAACAACACUGCCAUUGACAACUACUACUUUUUCUACAUCGCAAACGUCCGUUUUGACUACAGCAACAACGACGACGGCAGCAGCGACAGAACCGUCACCAUCAAAUAUACCCGUGACUUCGGACGAAACACAAACUGGUAACUUGCUCACUAGUUCAGACGGGAACAUAGUCUUAACGAGUGUUUCGCCACAACCAUCAAGCGACACGCCACAACCCACUGACUCGCCACAGCCCAGUGGUUCGCCACAGUUCAGUGACAAAUCAGUUUCAAGUGCCUCGCCACAAGUCAGUACUACGUCUCAGUUAAAUGGCACUGGUGUCACCACUAAGUCUUUAACAACCUCUAGUACAUCUGGAGGUACAGCAAACUCAAAAGAUACUAACCAGGCAUCAUCGGGAGGAACAUUACCGGUGACGAAUAAACCUUUACCCAUAGACGAUUGGGUUACAGAGGCACCUACAGCAACUUCAACUGAAACCGUGUCGUCUGCAUCAGAAUUCGGAAGUCAUGUUACGGCAGUGGAUCAAAUCACAUCUGAAAGUACAUUCACAACACAGGCAACAUCAAAUGGACAAACAACAACUACAUCAAACGUUGAUGGCACCCCUCUGUCGAACGAUAAGUCUGGAGCGGGAAAUAGUGACCCAUCUAAAAAUGGUGGCACGUCUACGUUAACAUCUACCACAAAAUCGAUAUUAAAAAAUCAAGACAUGACUGUGGACCCUGAUGAUGAAGCACAAAGUCCAUCGUCGAAGACGUCACUGACGUCAACAUCAUCUUCGAACCUAAACAACAGUACCAUGAAUGCAUCAACGGGCGCAUCGCCUUUGUCGACAUCAUCAGUGGACGUUAAUAGUAGUGUCUUGGGUGGAUCGGCAACAGAGGCAUCAACAGUGACAACAGAAUCUACUAAGCAAAAAUCGACGUUAACCACACCAGUAGACAAUUUUACAUCUGAUGAUAAUUCAACUCAAGCAUCUAAUGGUAAUUCAACUCAACAAAUUGUGGAUUCUGCGAACAGAACCACCGAAAUAACGACAUCGACAACAGACGUUGUAACUUCUAAUACGACAUCUGUAACAUCACAUUCGUCGACAGUUCCAGCGGCGAGCAGCACAGAUGGGUCAACCAAGUGUCAGUGCGUGUGUGUGGUCAAUAAGACGCGAGAACAACAACAGGACUACGUCAAGCAGAUCGUCCAGAAACUGGUCGUAUUCAGGAACGCUACGUCUGCUUUCAAACGGAAAUUCACGACCGCUUCCGAUCCCAGGACCUCGGCAGCGGCCGUCGGUGGCAUUGGUAUCGCCAUUCUCAUUAUCUUCUUGUUGGUGUUUGUCGUUUUAGACUUGCAGAAAUUCGCCGACAUAGUCAUCGGAAUAUUCAAAACUGACCACGGAAAGGGUAAAGAGGCGGUUCCUGACCUAAUUAGUACCAGUGAGAUACACACGGGCAAUUAUCAAAGAGAGAAACCCUUCGAUCGCCAAGGCGAGAAACCCUUGAGUCACCAAAGUGAGAAACCCUUGAAUCAUCGAAGAGAAACACCCGUGAAUCCGCCAUUACGGCGACCAAGCAUUGCUCAAAUUCCACCAGCAGGUGCUUUGCCCGUUUCGAAUCCAAUACGAGGAGGUAUUCUGCCGCCGUUACAGAGAUUAACUUCGAAAUCAGAAAUAGAACAACCAAAACCGAAGCCUCGCGCUAAAUUUAGAGUUAUCAACAGACAGGGUCCAAACGUUAACUUUGCCAGGUUGAGAGGACCAAGUGAAAUUCCCGAUAUUAUUUUACAAAGACAUUCGCAAGCGAAAACCAGCAAACACAAUACUGUGGGGCCAGCCCCAUAGUUAAUGAUCAUAUAAUUUAGUGCUUUAGUAUUGCACAUAAGUAAUUGGAACAUUUGAAUACAUGUAUAUACUUUAGUAACUACAUUUCAAUUAAAGAGACUAU